AUGAAAUUUAUCGUAGUAUUAUUUGCGCUUGCUGUGUUCAGCCAAUGUGAAGCCAAACAGCUAUCUCGGUGCGAGCUGGUGCGUCAGCUAAGAAAGCAUGGAUUUCCGGAGAACAAAAUGAGAGACUGGGUGUGUUUAGUGGAAAAUGAGAGUUCCCGGCGCACGGACAUCGUAAGCAAACCAAACAGCGAUGGUUCUCGAGACUACGGCCUCUUCCAGAUCAACAACAGGUAUUGGUGCAGUACUACGAACAAGCCUGGAAAAGAUUGCAACGUCACCUGUAAACAACUCAUCACUGAAAACAUUUCGAAGGCUGCAGCUUGUGCCAAGAAGAUCUACCAGAGACAUGGAUUCGACGCCUGGUACGGCUGGAAGAAUAAGUGCCGUGGAAAACCUCUACCCGACAUCAAGUCGUGCAAGAAAUAAAUGAGAUAUAGAGAAUAAGAGAUUGCUCUUAGAAUAAUAUGUUAAUUAAAACUGUCUAUCAUUAUUGUCAGAAAAAUAUAUUUUCAACAUAUAAUCUUUGUGAA